AGCCUGGAUUUCUGGAGGCUGCUCUACAUUCUUCUGAAACAAAUCCACAGGGGCGAGUGGACAGAGUCUGAUGCCAUAGAUAUCCAAAUUAGGUUUGUAAAAUCAGCAUUGUGGUACCAUGGCUAUGGCAGGCGAGAACUCUAUCGGCUCCCCUCUGACGGCUCAGCGGGUAGUCGGGAGCUGCUGCUGGCAUUUUCCUGGCUGCUGCACAGACUCAACCUCUUGGAGCAGCUUUUGGCUCGGAACAGAGUAAAGACUGGGGAUGAAACCUCUGUGUGCACGUGUGAAGAUGAUCUGCCUAACAGCCAGAAAGGUACAACUGCAAUAGCACCUGAAUAUGGGCUAGAAGACAGAGUAGAUGUUCGAUACCUUCAGUGGUUAAAUGGGAGGCUGAGGUUCCAGUGGCGGAGUUUGCAUGCUCAGCAGCAGGAGCUAUGCAAACUUUUGCACAAGAUCCAUUUAUUCACUAGUGGCUCUCAUUUGGACCAGAUCCUUGGACAUUUUUCUGUCACAGAAACAGAUCUUGUGAGACAACCAGAGAACUACAAGCAGCUGUUACAGCUUCUGGAGUGUGAAACCAUGCAGCUAGAAGCCUUUCUGGAGUGGAAGCAACUGGAACCAGUUUAUUGGCAGUGGAUGGAAACUGUGUUAGAUAACAUGGCUGAAGAGGGAAGUAUAUGCAAGUCCCAGGACACUCAUGCAGAGAAAAGUGGGCUGCCAAAGGUGACCUCGUGCUGCCACUGGGCUGACAGUCUGACUGGGCAAAUUGGCAGAUUAUCCAAAGAUCUAACGACUCUACGUGACCAGCUGCAUGAGCUUGUAACUCACCGAAGGACUGCGUGGUGUGAGAAGGUAAAAACAAGAGAGGAACAACUACAGGCAGAGGGUUUCUCCACCACUGCUAGAAAGAUACAGGAAGAUGUUGAACUAAAACUGCUAGAUCUUACACACCUUUGUGCCUCCCUCCAAAAAAAAAUGCACGGUUCGUGCAGACUGGUUUUUAGAAGCAAACAUCCUGCCAGCAAAAUGGGCUUCGGUAGGUCUGCGUCCAAGGAGGCUGUUUCAGCUGUCAGUGCUACAGAGGUGAUCAGAGAACUGCAGAUGAGAGAGGCCAGCCUGGAGAGAGAGCUGAAGCAGCUGCAGGAAGAGUGCAGGCAGAGGCUGGAUGAAAUUGCGGCAGGGUUGGAUGGAGUGAUUUGUGUCUCCCCUUGA